AUGACGUGGUAUCCACAAUCAUACGUGGAGAAAGUCCCAAUGACGAAUAUGAACAUGAGACCCGAUAAAUCAAACGGGUAUCCGGGUCGUACUUACAGAUUCUACACCGGAGAGACGGUUUACACUUUUGGAGAUGGACUCAGCUACACCAAGUUCAGCCACAGCUUAGUCAAAGCUCCUCCACAGCUAGUUUCUCUCAGUCUCGAAGAGAAUCACGUUUGCCGUUCAUCCGAAUGUCAAUCUUUGGACGCGUUCGGACCGCAUUGUGAAAACGCUGUUUCCGGUGGAGGAGGUGGAAUGGCGUUUGAGGUUCAUAUUAAGGUAAAGAACGGUGGAGAUAGAGAAGGAAUUCACACGGUGUUUCUAUUCACGACGCCUCCGGCGGUUCACGGUUCGCCGAGGAAGCAUCUUUUGGGGUUUGAGAAGAUUCGGUUGGGGAGGAUGGAAGAAGGGGUGGUUAAGUUUAAGGUUGAUGUGUGUAAGGAUUUGAGCGUUGUUGAUGAAGUUGGGAAGAGGAAGAUUGGUUUGGGUCAGCAUCUUCUUCAUGUGGGGGACAUGAAACAUUCUUUGAGCAUUAGAAUCUGA